GGGGACACCGGGAACGCCGGGCCAUGACGACGCUGACGCACCGGGCACGCCGGGGGGAGCCGGGCAGGGGCUCGGACAGGAGGCGCCGGGAGGAGGACGGAGCCGCGGACAGAGAGCCUGAGGAGGAGCCCGACGACUCCAAGGACAUCCGGCUCACCCUCAUGGAGGAGGUGCUGCUGCUGGGGCUCAAGGACAAGGAGGGCUACACGUCCUUCUGGAAUGACUGCAUCUCCUCGGGGCUGCGCGCCGGGAUCCUCAUCGAGCUCGCCCUGCGCGGCCGCAUCCGCCUGGAGCCGCUGGCCCUGCGCAGGAAACGGCUCCUGGACAGGAAGGUGCUGCUCCAGUCGGACACUCCCACCGGGGACGUUCUGCUGGACGAGACCCUCCGGCACAUCAAGGCCACCGAGAGCCCCGAGACCGUCCCCACCUGGAUCGAGCUGCUCACGGGUGAGACGUGGAACCCGUUCAAGCUGCAGUUCCAGCUGCGGAACGUGCGGGAGCGCCUGGCCAAGGCUCUGGUGGAGAAGGGGAUCCUGAGCACGGCCAAGCAGAACUUCCUGCUCUUCGACCUGACCACGCACCCGGUGCUGGACGGCGCCGAGAAGCUGCGGCUGCAGCGGCGCCUGCGGGAGAGCGUCCUGGAGCGCUGGGCCCGCGAUCCCCGGCGCCUGGAGCCGCGCACCCUGGCCCUGCUGGUGCUGGCCCACUCCUCGGACGUGCUGGAGGCCGUGUUCGGGGGGCUGGCCCAGGACAGGUACGAGCUGGCCAUGGCCAGGGCCCGCGGCCUGCUCGACCUCGACCCCGAGCUGGAGGCGGCCAAGGCCCGCGGCGGCUCCGAGAUGAUCUGGGCCGUGCUGGCGGCCUUCAACAAGGGCUGA